AUGACUUCAAUAAAACAAAGUCAGAUUCGAACCAUCGUGUACUACGAAUUCCUGCAAGGGCACAACAUUGAAGAUCGACCUCGCUCAAUUUGCCCGACAGACUGGAAUGAUCAAGCUUUGCGUGACACUGUUCGAGACAAGCGCAAUGCCACUACAUUUCAGUUCCUCAGUUUCAGAAAAGUGAUGUCGGUUUGGGUUCGUCAUGAAUUGAGCGUCUUGCAGCUGGCAACAAGACUGUUAUUACCACCGCGACAUCAACUAAUGGAAGCUAUCCCUAAAAGAGAGAUUGGAAAUGACACUGAGAGUAUUUCGAAUCCAGAAGAACCGGUAGAAUCCACAAAGGGCAAAUUCAACAUCCUUGAUCUUCUUGAUAAUGAUCAGCGAAACACGUCUCCCGAAUCUCCACCUUCUACUGUGUGUGGUGAUGGUGAAACUGCCCCGCUGGAGUCCAGGAGUACUGAACAGCUUGUCUUCAUGUUUAUUUUAUUUGUUCCAGUGUUUGGUAGGGAAGGUACGAGUGAAUCACAAAAUGCAGAACUGCAAGUUUGUAAACCUCGCAAUUCAAUGGAAGACAUAAAAAAGGUCGAGAUUGGAUGUCAUGGCAGUACAGUGAAGAAUCCGGGAAGGGAUAGCUCGUUUGACUCUGAUGUUGAGGACGAUACAGAAGUUUGCGGGAACAGAGAGGCGGAUCCGACGGCGUCAAAUUACUGCGGCGACGCCAGAAAGCGGUCAAAACUGCACAGUUGGUGCGACGGAAAUGCUGAAGGUGAUGCUAGAGCCAGCGAUGACGACGGCUGCUCAGAUGCAAACAGCACAAGCCGAAAGAAAAAGACACGCACCGUCUUUAGCAGGCACCAGGUAUCUCAACUGGAACUCAUGUUCGAUAUGAAGCGUUAUCUCAGCAGUCAGGAAAGAGCUCAUCUUGCUCAAAAACUUCGUCUUACCGAGACGCAGGUAAAAAUUUGGUUUCAAAAUCGACGUAACAAAUUCAAAAGACAAGCUGCUACUGAUGAUCCUACGGUGUCACUUCAACUGCAUCGCGGAAACAUGUUCGGUCAUUCAUUGCCAACAACCGAAAGAAUCCAAACAAUUUCAUCAAGAAUGUCGACGACGCCAACGACUUCGUCGCUGUCACUACGCCCACUCGGUGUUACUCCUCUUGAUCCCUCUACAGCAGCACGCUUUCUGUUCGGAACGUAUGGGGCAAUCGCAGCUGCCCAUGCACAGCAGUUAAUAUGA